AGGACGGAGAAUUGCUCCAAGCACAUCAAGAGCUGGCAGAAUUGGAACACACAAGGGAUGAGCUGCUUAUCCAGCUGCAUCAGGGAAAAGACGCUUUUGUCGACAAAAACACCUCGUUACAUAGAUACUUUGAGCCACUAACAGCCUUAUCAGCUGCCCUUGGACAGCAGCUGUGGUUAGUUAUGCGUGCAGUACCAGAAAAUGUGGUGAGCUCACCAGCAACUGUUGUAACAGCACUCCGUAUUGUACAGAGAGAAGAAAAGGCUGAUCAUUACAUUGACGAUAAUUUAAGAGAGAGGGGCAUCCCUUUGUCCCUAAUUCCCGAACGGCCAAAGAAAUGGAGAGAGAAAUGUGUCCAGAUAAUGGAGUCAUCAAUAAAUAACAAGUUUAUUGAUAUCCGUCCUCAGUCUCAGUCAGUGGAAGAAAACAAAGAAUGGCUCGACGACCUUUUAACUGAAGUAGCUACAGUUUGUUAUCAAGAUCUCAAGGCAAUGAAAGAAAAUGGCGUGAAUUGCUUUCCUCCUGAUUAUGAUAUACUGGAAAUGUACAUUAAAGCUUAUCAUACCAACUUGAAGGAAGUGGUGAAAGAGCUUAUAGACAGAGAGCUUAAUGCCAGAGACAUUAUCAAAUUAAUGGUGUGGGUUGGAGAUGUGAGACAGUCAUUUCGUGACGUGUUAGAAAUUGACUUGCAACAGUAUGGCAAAUUAAUUGACGACAAAAUUGAAGAAUCACUAGAGAAAACUUGUGUAGAGCAAGUUCAGUGGAAUGUCAGCGAACUUGUUAAGAAGAUGAUACAUUCUGAAGAAGAAGAGUGGUCUGCUACGGACCCACCUGAGUCAGACAAUAGCGGCUGUUUUUAUACGACAGUCGGUAUUUUACUGUACGAGAUGAUCGAUCAAAAUAUUGGUGCUCUCUCAAUGUUGGGGGGGAAUACAAAGGAGUUGCUGCUUCACGAAUGUUUGAAACAAGUUUCUGUUUUUCAGCAGAAGUACAAAGAAAGUGUCGAUAGCAAAUUCUCAUCUUACUUAUCAUCUGGAAGGUCGGACCCGCCUCUUUAUUUUGAAUACAUGAUAGCUGUAGCCAAUAACUGUCACUCUUGCAUUGAGUUUACCGAACGACUUAAAAGCACAAGCGAAAUUGACAUGGGACGGUUAAAGAGUGAAAUUGGGAAAUUAUUUGGAGACAUCUGUGAAAAAUAUAAAUCAGUUUCAUUUCAUUGCUGUGAUAUAUUAAUCACAAUAAUGUUUGAAGAUUUGUCUCCAGUACUUGAUGGAUUAAUGACUAAAGAGCAAUGGUUAAAUAAACCGAUGGAUUUAGUUGAUAAAAUUGAAGGAACAAUUUUAGAUUACAAUUCUGAUUUCGAGCGUUUGAAACAAAACUGCCGCACAUACGUAAUUGUGCAAACUCAGCAGAGAAUAUUACGAUUUUAUUUUGAAUCAAUGAUGAAGAAGAAGAUUGUACUUAAGAAGAAAGAAAAUCGUGAAAAAGCUGCUUCAUUUAUUCGUGAAGAAAGCGAAAAACUCGGAACUCUGUUCAUGAGACUGUCACAUGCAACAACACCAAAAUAUACAAAGAUAUUAAAGCAAUUUGCUGAACUGAUUUCAUCAAAUUUGGACACUGUGCCAUUCAUAAUUGGAGGGUUAUCCACUAAUUAUCCUGAAGUGAAGUUCCACCAUGUGGUGGCAGUCCUUGCCAUGAGAGGAGACCUGAACAAGACGAGCGUUCAAAAGCUAAUGGACAGGACUCCACUGACAAUAGAGUCAGGCGAUCAAGACAGAGAAAUGUCACCAACAAGAGAUUCGAAAUCAAUUUUAUCUCAAAUAUCAGUCCACAAUCCUUACGCUUUAUUUUAAUAAGUACAACAACAACAACAAUAUUAAUAAUAAUAAUAUUAUUAUUAUUAUUAUUAUUAUAAAUUACGUAGACGUUUUUAGUAGAUCUAGUAUCCCUAUAUCUGUCAUAAUGUUUUAAUAUAUGUUAGUAAUCUUUAGUAAAUCUUUAGUAAUCUUCAUCGUCUAUGUCUGAUAUUGUUUCGGUCAUUAGCACGUUUUCAGUUUCAAUGUUAUUUUGAGUAUCUUUA